UUAGUCGCCACGUGCGGUUCGGCUGCUAACUUUUGCUCCGGCUCUGGCGCCCUCUUUCUUUAAUUUCACAGUCGCGCGUGUGUGACCAAAUAGUGCGCAACUUUCUCGCGUGUGUGUAGGUGUGUGUAUCCACGUUCGCUGAAGCUGUUAACAACUCCAAGUUUAUGCAAUCCUAAAUACACAUAACAAACCAAGCUUAAAAAAUGUCUGGCAGAGAUGUUUCAAUGACCGAAACAGCGCAAAGCGAUCAGUAUUUGCCCGCCUCCGCGGCCACAGCACAACAGCAAUAUUUUCGCUACCACAGCCACAAGCAGCAACAGCAGCAGCAGCAACAACAGCAACAACUACAACAGCCACAAAGUUGCAUGCGACACAUACCACAGCAGCAACAGCAACAACAACAGCUUCGACAGUUGCAGUGGGAACAGCAACAACAACUGGUCAACAACUCGAGCGAGUUUGACGAGUUCCACUGGCCGAGCAAGCAGCUGCAACAACCGGACGCUGUGGGAACUGUGGGUGCUGUGGGUGGUGGUGGUGGUGGUAAAAUCUAUAUAACACCCGCAGACAUUCCGCCACCGCCUCAUCCACCGCAUCCGCAUCCGCAUGGCAGCAACAGUCACAGUCACCACAAUGGCAACAAAAGCAGACACCACCAGCAUCCUCAAUCUGCUAUGACGACACCACAUCGAACACCGCCGCAUCGUUGCAAAUGCGAGCAUCCAAUCGAGCUGCUGGACUAUGACUUUGAGGAUGCAACGGCAGCGGCCACCACCGCCUCCGCUCUCCACUCGCAUCGCCAUCAGCACCCGCCCUACUACUAUAAGCCAGCUGCCACCUUGAAUUCAGCGAGCGCCUAUCAGCUGAGACGCCACAGUGCCAAGUUGAGUGAGUCCAUGCUGGGUGGGGUUGGUGGCAGCAGCUUGGACGAUGAUGAUUUGCACAGCUCUGGUGGCUUUGGCGGCGGCAUGAACCGCUUCAAGAACCUGGUGUACUCCAAGAAGAAGGAGCGCAGAGUGCGCAUAAUAAUUUUGGUUGCUGGACUUGUUGCCUUAGCUCUGUUGGCUACGCUGCUGGUGUUCAUCCUGCGAUCGGGCGAUGAGGACGACAGCGGCGAUAAACCAAAGGAUAAUGCAAUCGAUCUGGAGGACGUGCUCAGCGGUCAAUUGUAUGCGAAGCGCUUCAACGGCAGCUGGAGCAAUGGAAACAGCGUAAUCUACAGACAUAAUGCGGACAUUGUGGAACUGGAUUCAAAGACGCAAGUGGUCACCACGCUGUUGGCCAACGCGGCGCAGUAUGUGCUCUUUGAGAAGUCCGCUGAUGGCCAGCUGCUGUUGCUGGCAAAGAACUACAAGAAGACGUUCCGCUAUAGCUUCUUGGCCCAGUACGACAUUUAUAACCUGACCUCCAACACCAUUACCCCGCUGACGAUCCAGAAUGAGCCUGCGUUCCUUAGCAUGGUUCAAUGGUCACCGGUGGGCAAUGCACUGAUCAUUAACUUCAACCGCAAUUUGUAUUAUAAGAAGACCGCUCUGGACACGGAGAUAGCUAUCACCAGCAAUGAGAGUGGCAUUUUCUUGAACGGCAUACCCGACUGGGUGUAUGAGGAGGAGGUAUUCAGCUCAAAUGUGGCCACCUGGUUCAAUCCCACGGGCACUCAAAUAGCCUUCAUUCAAUUCGACGACUCGCCCACGCAUGUCAUCAACUUCCCCUACUACGGCGAUGCCGGUGACCUGCGCUUCCAGUAUCCGUUACAUCAGGAGAUUCCAUAUCCUAAGGCGGGCUCCUCAAAUCCACGCGUAGUGCUCUUUAUGGCUGAUCUCGAGCGAGCGACAUCGGGCAAGGAGUUCCUCACCUCGAUGCCAGUGCCAAGUGCCCUAAACACUGAAACCGAUUAUAUAGUCACAGUAGUCAGCUGGCUGGACAACGAUAAUGUCUUGUCGAUAUGGAUGAAUCGUGUGCAAAAUGCUGCCUAUGUCAUUAGCUUCGACGGACGUAGCCGUAAGGUGCUAUACAGUACCGAAUCGAAAACAGGCUGGGUUGACCUUUAUACGGCACCAUUUAAGAACCGCAAUGGCUCACGGCUGGCCUUCGUGCUGCCCCACGAUAACUAUAAGCAACUGCAGCUGCUUGCUACAGAUGUGAUCAAUGCAAAGCUUGAACCCCUGACCAGUGGCAAGUUUGUGGUGGACAGCAUACUCCAUUGGGAUGCCACGCAUGAUGUCAUCUUUUACACGGCCAACACAGAGGAGCAUCCGGAGCAGCUGCAUCUCUAUGCGAUUCGAGCUGUGACCACACGCAAGCAGACGGCCAAGUGUCUGACAUGCAAGCUGAUGACUUCGGGCGAUGUGGAGCAGAACUACUACUCGGCCAUCUUCAAUGACAAUAAUCAAAUUGUGAUUACCUCUCUGGGACCAGGCAUACCCACAACUUCAGUAUACGAAUGGAGCUAUGCGAACUCUCAGGUAACGCUGAAAAAGCUAAUGGAUUGGGAGAAUAACGACGCAUUGCGCUCCAAGUUGCGAGGCGUGGCACUGCCCACACACAAGAUACUCACAGUGAACAUCGAUGGCGGAUUCCAGGCAAAGGUGCUGCUCCAACUGCCACCCAAUUUGGAUACGAGCGGCAAAACCAAAUAUCCAAUGCUUGUGGAUGUCUAUGGUGGACCCGAUUCCUAUUCCGUGACUAACAAAUGGAUGAUGGACUGGGGCACUUACCUGUCCUCAAACCAAUCUGUCAUCUAUGCCAAGAUCGAUGGACGCGGCUCGGGACUACGCGGCGAGAACCUGUUGCAUGCGAUCUACCUGCAGCUGGGCACAGUUGAAAUCAGCGAUCAGAUCAAGGUUACGCAAAAUUUGACGCAAAUGUUUGAUUACAUCGAUGAUGCACACAUCGGCAUCUGGGGCUGGAGCUAUGGUGGCUAUGCAGCAGCCAUGGCGCUGGCCAAUGAUGACCAUGGAGUAUUCAAAUGCGCCGCCUCCAUAGCGCCAGUCACGGAUUGGACCUAUUAUGACUCCAUCUAUACGGAACGUUAUAUGGGUCUGCCGGAGACAAAUGAGGUUGGCUAUGCCAACUCGAGACUGAGCACACGCGCCCAGAAGCUGCGCGGCAAGAAAUAUUUGCUCGUCCACGGCACAUCCGAUGAUAAUGUGCAUUACCAGCAGGCCAUGAUCUUGGCCAAGAAUCUGGAGCGACAUGACAUACUAUUCAAGCAAAUUAGCUAUGCCGAUGAGGAUCAUGGCCUGGUCAACGUACGUCCACACCUAUAUCACUCGCUGGACCGUUUCUUUGGCGAAUGCUUCUCCAGCAGCCGGCUGAUGAAGAGCGCCAAAUAGACCGAUUAACUAUAUGUAUUUUACAAUAAUAAUUAAUGUAUUUAAAUGAUAACUUGUCAAGCUUGCAGGCAAAUUAGAGCAGUGCAAAUUAAUUGGUACUUAAAAAGAUGCAUUUCAAUUCAACAAUUUUAUUGAUAAAUGUAGUUCAAAUAAAAACGCUUCAAAACUUCCAAAAUUCAAAUCAAAAACAAAAAAAAAAAAAACAAAGGAGAAUCAAACGAAUGCAGGUCCAAAAGUGUUAAUAGAUAACUUUGAACAAUAAUAUUUGAAAACGCAUUUUAUGACAUUUUAAGCAUAUAAUUGAGCAGGAAACAAAACGAGAAGUAAAUUGAAAAUAUAAAAAAUAUUUAUAGACAAGUUUAGGAAAUGUCUAAGCCGUAGUUAGUGCCUGUUAUUAUAAUAGAAAUUUCACAAUUUAAAGACAAAGUAACGCCUAGAAGUUUUAUAAACUAUUGGAAACUAGAAUUUUUCUGUGCGUUUAAAAAGGUUUUGUGACGCAAUUGGAAAAUCAAAAACCACAAUUAUGUACAUUUUUCCAACUGAAAUACUUAGCUUGUAGUUUGUUAUAGUUAUGUUAAUUUGCCACAUUGUAAAGAAAAUGUUAUUGGAUUUGUAAAUAAGAAGGCUUUUGUAAUUUAGAUGACAAAUGUGUUUAGACAACACUUAAAGACG